CUGCAGUUUCUCGGAAGUAAUGAACAUAAAGAAGGUUGGGAAAGGAGAAAGGGGAAGGGCUUUUUUUUACAUUAUCCAAUCACAAUACUGACUUCUAAAUCGUCACUUACCCUCCAAGUCAUUUAGGAAGUUUUAAAGCUGGUCCCCUGAACAACUAAAGAAGAAAUCUUACCUUUUGUGGAGUGUCUACCCCUGCUUUUCUGAUUUUAAAUCAGCCUGACCAGAAAGCACUUUGCCAAGAGUUGGUUUUUUUUUUCUUCAGUCAUUACCAAUAUGAGCUUGGAGUUUGAGUUUGUAAUUUUAACCUGACUUUAACUUUUGAAUUUAAGAAAUCAGGAAUAAUACACAAUCAGAAUACCGAUUACUGUAUGCCAGGAAGAAGACCAUGGUCAAGCGAGUUGCCAUAAUUGGAGCUGGUGUGAGUGGCCUGACGUCUGUCAAAGGUUGUUUGGAAGAGGGCCUGGAGCCUACCUGCUUUGAGAGAAGUGAUGACAUUGGAGGAUUGUGGAAGUUUACUGAAACUACUGGACAUGGGAUGACCAAAGUCUAUAAAUCUGUAGUGACCAAUAUCACCAAGGAGAUGUCAUGUUACAGUGACUUCCCUUUCCAAGAAGAUUUUCCCAACUACAUGAAGCACUCUUUGGUGAUGGAAUAUCUUUAUUCCUAUGCUAAACACUUUGACCUUCUCAGAUACAUUCAUUUAAAGACCACAGUGAGCAGUGUGACAAAGCGCCAAGACUUUGCUGCCACUGGCCAAUGGGAUGUGGUGACAGAGACAGAAGGAAAGAAAAACACAGCUGUCUUUGAUGCAGUAAUGAUCUGCACAGGGCAUUAUCUGAAUCCCCGUUUGCCUUUGGAGUCCUUUCCUGGAAUCAACAAAUUUCAAGGUCAGAUCCUACACAGUCAGGAAUACAGGCGUCCAGAAGGUUUUCAGGGCAAACGGGUCAUUGUGAUUGGUCUUGGGAAUACUGGUGGUGAUAUUGCGGUGGAGCUCAGUCGUGUGGCAGAAAAAGUGUUUCUCAGUACUAGAAGUGGUGCCUGGGUCGAUAGCCGUAUUUCUGAUGAUGGCUACCCCACUCAUAUGAUUCAGACUACAAGAUUUCGUCAUGUGGUUGAAUGCUCUCUACCUUCAGCAUUCAAGACCUGGAUGGGGAAGAAGCGCAAGAGCAAAUGGUUUAACCAUAAGAAUUAUGGAUUGAGUAAUCCUAAGGGGAGGCAACAAAAGAGAGUUGCAAAUGAUGAAUUGCCAAGUUAUAUCCUUUGUGGUGCUAUCACUAUGAAAAUUAAUGUGAAAGAGUUUACAGAAACAUCCGCCAUCUUUGAAGAUGGAACUGUGGAGGAGAACAUCGAUACUGUUUUCUUUGCUACAGGAUACACAUAUUCUCUUCCCUUCCUUGAAGAAUCUAUGGAAAAAUUCUGUAGAAACAAGAUCUUCAUGUACAAAUAUAUAUUUCCCUCUAACCUGGAGAAGGCAACUAUGGCUCUCAUUGGCCAUGUUGGUUUGCAAGGCUCCAUCAUAGUGGGCACAGAACUUCAGGCCCGCUUGGCCACAAGAGUAUUCAGAGGACUGUGUAAGAUCCCUCCAUCAAGCAAAAUGAUGGCUGAGGCUACUAAGAAAGAACAACUCAUAAAAAGGGGUGUUAUUAAGGAUCCCACCCAGGGGAAACAAGACUAUAUUACCUAUCUGGAUGAACUUGCCACAUGCAUAGGAGCAAAGCCCAACCUCUUGCUUCUGUUCCUUAAGGAUCCCAGGCUUGCAAAAGAAGUUUUCUUUGGUCCCUGCACAUCUUACCAAUACCGACUGGUGGGCCCUGGAAAAUGGGAUGGAGCCAGAAAGGCUAUCAUGACUCAAUGGGACCGGACGCUCAAACCCCUACAAACUCGAGUCAUUCCUGAUUGUUCUGAGCCUACCUCAAUAUCAUAUUGGCUAAAGGUCUGGGGGGCGCCUGUUCUAUUUGUUGCUGUUUUACUUGCUUAUAAAUCUUCACAUCUGCCAUUGACUGGGAUCACAGAAGUAGGAGAAAGAAUUUCUACUUACCUAGCAAGUACUAUGAGAAAAUGAAUGCAAUUAGAUCAGUUAGACUACCAGAUUAAUAUGGAACAGUGACACACUGACUACCACCACCACCACCACCCCCCAUCUGCUGGAUAAAUUAGUUCAAGUUAAUUAUUAUAAAUAUUAAUAAUGCCUGCCAAGGGCCAGACAUUGUGAUAAAUACUAGAGAUAAAAAAGGGCCAAAAAAACUCACUGUUUUCAAGAAGCUCAGAUUAAGAUAAGAGGAGACAACAUGCAAACAACUGUAUAUAAACAAGAUACAGAUAGGAUAAAUUGGAGGGAAUUUUAGAGAGAAGAAAUUAGCAUUAAGGGAGAUCAUGAAAGUCUUCUUGCAGAUGGUAGGAUUUUAGCUGGGACCUGAAGGAAGCUUAAGAAGCCAGAAGGUAUAGAUGAGGAUGGAAAGAGUUCCAGAAAUGGGGGAGAGCCAGUAAAGAAUUCAGGGUUAGGAGAUGGAGUGUUGUGUGAGAGUAGCAGCAAGGAGACUAGGGGAAAGGUUCAUAAACUAUGUGGAGAAGAAAGAAUCUGUAAGGAGAUUGUAAAACAUAGGAAGGGGUCAGGUUAUAAAAGGCUUUAAAAGCCAAAAUAUUGGAUUUUAUAUUUCAUCCUGGAGGUAAUAGAGAGCCACUGGAAGUAACUAAAUGGUGGGAGGUGGAGAGACAAAGAAGAGAUUGACAUAUCAUACCCAAACAUAAUAAGAUGAAUUUAACAGCUAAGUGGAAAAUGACCUGGAGUGGAAAGAGACAGGAAGAACAAUUAAAGGACUAUUGCAAUAAUUCAAGUGGAAAGGGAUGAAGGCUUGCACCAGGGUGGGUGAUAGUGUCAGAGGAGAGAAGAGGGCAUAUAUGAGAGAGGUUGCAUGAAGGCAGAAUCAACAGACUGAUUGGAUAUGGGGGAGUAGGAGAAAGUGAGGAAUCAAGGCUGGCUCAUAGUUUGGGAGCCUAGGUAACUGGCAUGAUGUUUGAACCCUUGAUAAUAAUAGGAAAGUUGGGGAAAAGGAGAGGACUUGAGGGGAAAGAUAAUGAGUUCUGUUUGGAACAUGCCAAGUUUUAGAUAUAUAUGAGACACCCAGUUUUAACACAUUUAUUUGUCUCAUCAUCACUUCAGCUUUCUUAUGAACAGAUAAUUGGCACCCAAUUUUGGGGAUAAAUGUUAAUAUAAUAGCCACUGACUUUAACGAUCUAUCAAGAAUCUAAGAAUAUUCCCUACCAUUAGGCCUAUAGAACACCCAGCACCUUUAAAAAAACUGUCUUGAGCUUUUCCUUUUGGUCCAACUAUAAAGAGCUGCAUUUUCUCUAACAUGUUCACUGUGCAGACCUCAUUUUAAUUCUCAACAGAAGGUUAAGACCAUACUGAAAGGUCUCGCCUACCUACUAUUGUAGGUACCUACACCUACUGUAACAAGCAAUAGCACAUCAUCACUGCAUAAUACAGUAAGUCUCUGUGAACCAAUUCAGUUCAAUAAGUAUUUAUCAAAAAUGCUCUGUACUAGGUGCUGGAGAUAUAAAGACAAAUACAGAACAGUUUCUGUCUUAAAGGUGCUUAUAUUCUACUGAAGGGAAAAAGAUAAUAUGGGUAUGUUGUUGUUAUUUAAUUGUGUCUAACUCUUCAUGACCCCAUUUGGGGUUUUCUUGGCAAAGAUACUGAAUGGUUUGCUAUUUUCUUCUCCAAUGGAUUAAGGCAAGCAAGGCUAAAUGAUUGUCCAGGGUCACCCUAUUAGUAAAUGUCUCUAACCAGAUUUGAACUUUGGUCUUCCUGACUCCAGACUCAGCACUUUAUCCACUGAGUCAUCCAACUGCCUCUGGGAUAUAGAGGGAAGUAAAUGGAAAAGAAUUGUUUUGAAGAGGAAAGACCACUACCAACUGGGGGAAUCCAAAAGACCUCAUGAACAAUAUGGCUGAUUCCUGAAAAGAGCUAGGGAUACCAAGAUUCAGAGAAGAAAAAGGCAGUACUCCAGGCAUGGAGGCAGCCUGUGCAAAGGCAUGAAGGCAGGAAACAGAAUGAUAUACACAGAAAAUCACAAGUCAAUUAUUUCAGUGGGAAAAUAGAAUGCAUCAUUGGGAGCAAGGCAAGAUACCUUUAUGCAUAAAUUCAUUCUGGGAAUUUUAAAUCUAAUAAGGCUGAGAAUGUGGGCUAAGGUUAAACUUAAGAUUCAAACCUGAGUCAUUUUUUAAAUUUUUCCCUUCUUCCCCCUCAUCCUAUUAGAUUUCUGCCCCCUUCAUUUCUUUUUGAUCCUUCUCUUCUUUUACAUUCUUGCCAUCACUAUAGCUCAAACCCCUCAGAACUACUGCAGUCAUUCACCUGGUUUCCUAGCCUUUGAAUUCACUCCAAUCAUCCUAUAAACCACUUCUAGAUUCAUUUUCCUAUCACUGCCCUACUUAAAAUCAUCAAUGAUUCCCCAAGUCCUAACAAAGUUUAAAAUCCUGUCUGUUAUUUGAGGCUCUAUACAACUGGCAUUUUUAUACCUUUCCAGCUCUACUACUGGCUCCUUAAUAUCCCACAAUAUUGCCAGCCUUGUCUAUUUUAAUUUUCCUUAAAAUGUAUUUGUUUUUGAACUUAAAUAGAAGAGAUCUUAGAAAGCACCUAGUUAGUACAACCCUCUAAUUGUGCAGUUGAGGAAAUGGAAGCCUCAAGAGGUUAAGUGUCUUGCCUAAGGGCACAAGGAUAGUUCAGGGCAAAGUUAGGAUUAGAGGUUAGGUCCUCUUACUCCAAAUCUUUGUGACUCCUUAGGCCUUUUCCUUUGCCUUCGCCAUUCCUUCCACUUAGAAUGUCCUUCCUCUAACCUUAUCCCUAUUCAUCUCUGUAUAGCUAAAUUCUACCCAUCCUCAUCUAAAGUUCAUAGGGCAGCAUGGUAUAGAGGAAAGAACAUUGGAUUUGGAAUUCAGAACUGAAUCCUGGCUACACUGUUUCCUAACAGUGUAACCCUAAGAAAAUCACAAAAACUUGGGGGCCACAUUUUCUUCAUCACCAAAAUUUGAGUUGGAUUAAAUGAUCUUUAAGGUCCUUUCCAACUUUAAAUCCUAUAUCCCAUCCCCAGAGGGAUCCUUUCAUUCUCCAGCCUCUUAAAAUAUUUAAUUUGUCCCAUUUAUCUAACAUAUAACUUAUUUAUUCUAAAUUUUGUUACUUGUGUAUUUUGCUUAUUAGUACCGCUUCCAGAGUAGGAAUUUUGUCUUUAUAAACUCUAUCUAUAGGACAACUAGGUGAUUAGUGGAUUGAGAGCUAGACCCAAAGAGAAAGGUCCUGGGUUCAAAUAUGACCUCAGAUUGUUCCUAGCUGUGUGACCCUGGGCAAGUCCCUUAACCCCAAUUGCCUAGCCCUUACCACUCUUCUGCUUUCGUAUCUGACUUAGUAUCAAUUCUAACACAGAAGGUUUUUUAAAAAAAAUAAAAUAAUAAAAUAAAGUCUAUAUCUAGCACAGUAUCUUGCACAUAGUUGCCAUUCAAUAAAUAUUUAUUCAAUAAUGACUA